AGCAGGGUGGGCUGGCAACCCUGUCCUGACAGCCGAGCCAACCAACAACGGUGCUUUGUGAGCAGGCGAACGUUGUUGUUGCGCCGCCAGAACAGAAGAUAAUGAAACUCCGAUCGGGGCAAACAAAACCAACGCACCACUUGCACAAAUCGGAAAUCGGAAUUAGCCGCCAGCAGGCCGACCAGGAAGGAAUAACCAACAAACCACCGAGAUUCCCUGCCAUCCGUGGAGCUGGGCGAGCGGAGUGGGGAGCUGCCGGACAGAACAGAAACGGCGGAGACAGAAACCGAAACAGAAAGUUCAGGAACUUUAGAAUUUGCAACGACACACUGCGUCAUUUUCGCGGCGUAGUCCUUGGCAGUGUAGCUGGGGUCCUGGCACCUCGGGAGGUCACAGGGUGCUGCUCCGUGGCGUUCGGAGACUAUCCUUGAGACUAUUUUGGAAUUAUUUUUGGAUUGGAAAACCAAUUGAUCUAACGCACACAGCUAUUGGAAACUGGAACUGGAAUAGGAAUCGGAAACGGUAACGGUAGCUCGAGCGAUACAGGAUGCCCACCACCCAACACUCGCCCCAGGGUCAUCCCCAACACGCCCCCCAUCAAGGCCCCAGCCCCAGCCCCAUACCCAGCCAAGGACUAGGACAAGGCCAGACGCAGGACAAUGGUGAAGCGUUGGUUAAGGGGAAAGAGGAGGGUGCCAAUAUGCCCAAUCUGUCCACAUUAUCGCUGGAUGAACUUAAACAGCUGGACAGAGAUCCUGAGUUCUUCGACGAUUUCAUCGAGGAGAUGUCCGUGGUGCAGCAUCUCAACGAGGAGCUCGACUCGAUGAUGAACCAGGUGGAGAAUAUAUCAAACACCCUUCCAGGGGAGAACGAGAGCAAGGGCACACAUUUGGUGGAGCUGAAGCGACGGCUCAGCGAUGACUACACUGCUUUGAAGACUCUGGGCGAGAAGUGCGAUCAGCUGAACAAGAAGUAUUUGAAAAAGUCCGAGGAGUAUGCACCCCAGCACAUUAGAGAACUCCUUCAGAUUGCUGCCUCCAAUGCCGAUGCCGACUGUGAUCGGCAUGUGGAGCACUUCCUGAACGGGAAAAUCGAUGUGCAGACGUUCCUCAAUACCUACCAGAGCUCCAAGAAGAUCAGCGCCGAGCGCAAAGCCAAGGAGGAGCGUUUGGGCAACCAGCUGAGUGCUUUGGAACGAGCUGGUAUCUAGGAUGUACAUGAUGAAUGUUUAAUAUCUCUCACAGACAGUAACACACAGAAACACACAUACCACACACACACCUCCAUCCAUCCAUCCGCCGCCGCCGCCGCGAGUCGCAAUAUAGAGUCUAAGCAGGAGCAGGACCUCUGGCCCACAGAGAGAGGAGAAGGGAGAAGAUAAAUAAGGAUAGGAAGGAACGCACUGAACAGAGCUGGAAAAAAAAGGCGGAGAUUUAUAAACGACAGUCGAUGGCGGCCAGCAGUAAUCGAAGGUUUAGAGGAAUCCUUCGGACCGGAAACGGAUCAGUCGGGCCGCUUUGUCCGUUCAGGAGAACAGAAAACCAAACAACACUAAAACAGUAAUGAAAUGCAAAGAAAAACGCUCGCUAGUUGUAGGCUAAUAUUUAAAAAAAAACAACAACAACAAACACACAAACAAACAAAAUAAUUGAAAAGAAACACUUGUAAAUUGGUAGAAGAAAGAGGCCAGAGCUCAGUGCUAGGCUUUCAAAUAAUUCUAAUUAUACUCCUUGAGCGGGAAACCCCUUGUGUUAUGUCCAGAUCCACCCCCCAUCUCCAGAUAUCAGUGACACUGUAUAUCCAAACUCCAGUCCCAGUCCCAGUCCCAAAUCCAAGUCCAUCUCCCCAAAUAGAUUUCUUCACUCCGUCACGAUUCUCCCAAUAAUAGGUAUACUCGUUUUGGUCCAUUAUUUUGUCACAUGGCCAGCCAAAUCGUUCUAUUUGUAUUAUGUAUAUUUAAAAUAAAGUUUAUGAUUUAUCUAAA